AUGAAGAUGAUGUCACCCCAAACUACGGCAUGCGUAUUCCAACUUACAUCGAUAUUAGCAGUAUUCAUACCAAACGUAUUUUGUCGGUUCGUUAGAUUCACCUGGGGAAAUGGGCUCAAGCCGUCGCUUUCAUAUACCGAUAUCUAUGAUAUCAAUCCGGGAUGGAUGAACACUAAGUGUUUAAACUUCCCAACUCCAGAUCCAACAAGGGGGUUAAUCGCUGUGGAGUAUUAUUCUGGACCUCCUAUAAAUCCAUACCAUCCCUACUUCCUAAAAGCCGUUAUCAUAUUUAACGUCCUUGACUGUCCACCUCCAAGUGCCAACCCUCGUCUGCACUACCUUCCGCUCGAGAUACUAGAUGAAUCUGAAUUCCCAAAGCAUUCUCGUUCAAAAUGGCUUCAAAACACAAAUGCUCAAUACCUCAAUCUUGAUCGGGGCGGUGAGGAGCCCGGAGUAAUUGCUCCAGAGAAUUGGGAGGAUCUGCAGAAGUUUAAGGCACCCGAGGGGUUUGAACAAGAACCGCAUUGGAUUGAUUAUAGCACUUCCGAAGCAUAUUCUAUUGAUAUUGAAAAGAUGAGGACGGGGGUUUCGAGGGUUAAAGGUGAUGAGUAUGUUGAACAACUCGCAAGGUCGCUACAGGAUGGGCAAGCCGGUGAUCAGAUACAUGAAAAGGCAGACUCUUCAGAAAACAAACCCAAGAGCUAUAGAGAAUCUAUGGAGGAUUCUCAGUGGAAUAUUGUAUAUAUGCAAAAUGCUUUUGAAGACAGUAAAAAUCAGUUUUUGGGGAAUGUUAGUGCGCUUUUGGUACCGGAUUAUAGGUACGCGCAUGUUAUAGGAUUGGCAAGAGAGUUUGAUGAGUAUGCGAAGAUUGGGGAGAGAGUUGAGGGGUGGAAGCCCCCGGCUGAGUGGAAAGAGGAGAUGGAGAUGGAAGAUGAAGGGUUGACGGGGAUGGGGUCACCCGGGUGGGAUGGAGAAGAGAUUUGA